CGUACAUUACAGCAUUGUUACAAGGUUUGCACUGAUCUUAGAUUCAGUCCACGCGGCAAAAGCUCCGAAAUUUCAGCGCUUUUGUCCGAACUUCACUCUGUCUCGCUCUCUUGGAAUGACACUUUUAGUGGAGAGGCAAAAAAUGAACGUCUCAUUUGAGCUUCACUCUCACUGUGCUAAAUUCAGGAACCCACCAAAAGGUUACCGCCGUCGAUCAAGGCACAGGUCUCCCUCGACUCCGCCCCUUCACUGGAAGUUUCACGACGAAAAACCCCCCUCCUGGGGCGGCGGAGGCGUUGCGUUGUCGGCCAGGAAGUUGGCUGCUGGGCUCUGGCAAUUGCGUUUGUUGACUCAGCCUUGUGCUGGACAUGUAAAUCAAGUGCUUCCUUUUGGUCGCGCUAGCAGAGAAUAUGUUCUGGGAACCAAGCAUCUGCAACAGAGCCCUCUACCGGCAUGCAGUCAGAAUCAUAAAAGCAAUCAUAAGCAUGCAUCUUCUUUGCCAUAUCCCAAGUCAGCAAUGGAAGGGGCAACAAAAUGGGACACAAGGUGCUUGACUACAUCCACUGAGGCUAGCUGCUUUUGCAGCCACCCCAAGUUUCUUGAAGGUCAAUUUGAUACCCUGUCUAUUGUUUCGGCAAUGCAAGCAGGGUUAGCACAGGCUCAGUUACGGAUUCGUGGGCUUGAAGAUGAGCUUCAGUCCUCGAAGAAGAAAUUAGAACAUUUGUUGAGAAGGCUUAGAGAGGAAAGAAACUCAUGGCAGGAAAAAUACAAUAAAAUGUGUGCGGUCACUGACAGAUUAAAGGAUGAAAUAAGUGUGGGAAGGAAAAGGCAAAAAAGGAUUGAGAUUGUCAACUCUAAAUUGGUCAAGGAGCUGGCUGACUCUAAGUCAUCUGAAAAACAACUCAUGAGAGAUUAUGAGGAAGAGAAAAGAGCCAGAGAGCUGAUGGAGGAAGUUUGUAAUGAACUGGCUGAGAAAAUUGAAGAAGACAAGACUGAAAUGGAAGUGUUGAAGAGUGAAACAUUUAAAAUUUGUGGAGAGUUAGAAGAAGAGAGGAGAAUGUUGCAGCUUGCUAAGGAUUUGAGCGAAGAAUGUGUCCGAAUGAAGUUGGUUGAUGCACGAUUGGCUCUUGAAUAUAAGUACUCUCAGAUGAAUAAUCUGGUGGCUGACCUUGAAUUGUUUUUGAGGUCAAGAAGUGAGAACUUGGAUGAAAUGGAUUUAAGAAAAACUGAGGUGAUCAUGCAGGCAGUUAAAUCAGUGAAGCUUCAAGACAUGAAAGAAAUUGAAUAUGUGCCCCUACAAUCAGGCAGUAUACUCUCUAUUUCUGGCGAAAAUCAACAAAAGGAAGCGAAUGAGAGGAAAUUGGCUAGACAUAUUGAGGAUCAAGGUUCAAGACAUUUGUUCGAAGGGAGUGACUGCUCUGCUAUCAGAGCAAAGGAAAUCCAACUUGCUUCAAGGAGCAAAAUGGAAUGCAAUGAGAAAGUAACCCAAGAUUUUCCAAAUACUGAAAUUAGUGAGGUAUUUUCAAGCUCUGGGGAACAACCAGAGCAAAAGACAUAUUCUGUAUGUAAACUUAGGAGAUCAUUAACAAGUUUUGGUAAAUUCUGCAAGAUAACAUCAGAUGAGGUUCAUGGAACACAUUCAAAUGGGACGGUUUCUAUCGCGGGAACUUCUCCACGCAGAAAGUCAGUCGAAGGCUGCAGCAGGCUCCGGCAACGAGAUUUAGUAGGACGAUUAUUUUCAUCAGACUCAGAGAAUCCACAUAUAACUCGGGGAAUGAAAGGAUUUGUAGAAUGGCCACGGGGCAUCCAAAAGAAAAGGUCGAAAGUAAAGUGUAUGAAAUCAAUGAUAGAAAGCCAGAGAAAUCAAUUACACAAUCUUCGGAAAUAGACACUGAGCAAUAUGAACCGUAAAAUUUCCUUGUUUCAGAGGCACUCUCCUGCAUAGGAACUUUUUUUUUUGUUUUCUCUUUCAUAAUUUGUCGCCAACUUUCAACUUCAGUAGUGAUUUUUUCCAUCACUGCCUGGUUUAGUCUUACUGCUUGCUGCAGAUGUGAAGUUUUCGGAUGUUUUAGUCCCCGAAAUUGUGGGCUAGCGAAGAUUGCAUUAUUACACAGUUGAGCAAUAGAAUUCAUUUCCAGCA